AUGCGCAAUACUAGUGCGGCAGAUGUUAAUUCGAAUGGGCAAGUGGAUCUAUUUCUGAUAUCAGUGGCUGCAUUUCCGAUAAUCAUGACGUUCGGUACCGUAACCGGCAACAUCUUUGUACUCAUCGCUGUUUCACUGAGCAAUGGCCACCCCACCAAACUUCUUAUUGCUAAUUUAGCUGCUGCCGAUCUUCUUGUUGGUAUGGUUUUUCCACUGCUCUGUGCCUGUACGCAUCUAGUAAAAUUUGGAAGAAAGACGUCCUAUCUCUUUAUAGAGCACAAAUUGAAAUUCCGUUUUUGA